UGGUGGUGGUGGUGGUGGUGGUGGUGGUGGUGGUAGUACUGGUGAUGGUGGUGGUACUGAUGACAGUGGUGGUAGUGGUAGUAGUGGUGAUGGUACUGAUGAUGGUGGUAUUAAUGGUGGUGGCACUGGUGGUAGUGGUGGUGGUGAUGGUUGUGAUGGUUCUGCUGCUGCUGCUGCUACUGCUACUGCUACUGCUACUGCUACUGUUACUGCUGCUACUGCUGCUGUUGCUGCUGCUCAUUUUGAUAACACACAUAUCAUCGAGUUAACAGUUGGAUUGCUUGAUGCUCCUGUCACUGCUACUGCUGCUGCUACUGUUGCUCUACGUUACUGGAAACAAACAGGUUUCAAAGUACUAGUAGUGGUAGUGGUAGCAAUACAUCUACUGUUGCUAACCCUACUUCUUUGUUGUAAGUUGAUGAAUGGAAGAGGAGUUGCUGCUGCUGCUGCUGUUGCUGGUACAACAACAACAACAACAACAACCAUUACUUUUCUUUGGCUUAGCUUACGGUAG